UCGGAGCCGGGGAGGCGGGGCAGGCGGCUGGCUGGUGCUGGGCGGGCGGGCCCCGGAAUUGUCAUUUCUUUGUUUCCGAAGGCGGAGGAGGCUCCGAGCCCCCCCUCCCCGUGCUACCCCCUCCCCCCGGGUGCUGGCUCCAUGUCUGUGUGACCGGCCUCAGGGGUAGAGUCCAGGCCCGACGCGGGGCGGGCCAGCGGCGGCGGCAGCUGAGGUGAGAGGCGGCGGCGGCGGCGCGGGCACCUGGCCCCCCAGCGGGAGGAUGAAGCGGCGGAACGCCGACUGCAGUAAGCUCCGCCGCCCCCUAAAGCGGAACCGGAUCACCGAGGGCAUUUACGGCAGUACAUUUUUAUACCUGAAAUUCCUGGUGGUGUGGGCACUUGUCCUCCUAGCAGAUUUUGUCCUGGAGUUCAGAUUUGAAUACCUGUGGCCAUUCUGGCUUUUCAUCAGAAGCGUCUAUGAUUCCUUCAGAUACCAGGGACUGGCCUUCUCAGUAUUUUUUGUUUGUGUAGCAUUCACGUCAAAUAUAAUAUGCCUGCUGUUCAUCCCCAUACAGUGGCUUUUUUUUGCUGCUAGCACAUAUGUAUGGGUUCAGUACGUAUGGCACACAGAAAGGGGAGUGUGUUUGCCUACAGUGUCUCUCUGGAUCCUCUUUGUUUAUAUUGAAGCAGCCAUUAGAUUUAAAGAUCUCAAAAACUUUCAUGUAGACCUUUGUCGUCCAUUUGCUGCUCACUGUAUUGGGUACCCUGUGGUAACUUUGGGCUUUGGCUUCAAAAGUUACGUAAGCUACAAAAUGCGGUUAAGGAAGCAAAAAGAAGUACAAAAAGAGAACGAGUUUUACAUGCAACUUCUUCAACAAGCUCUCCCUCCAGAGCAGCAGAUGCUACAGAAGCAAGAAAAAGAGGCCGAGGAAGCAGCCAAAGGAUUACCUGAUAUGGAUUCUUCGAUCCUUAUACACCACAAUGGAGGUAUCCCAGCCAACAAAAAACUCUCCACAACUUUGCCAGAGAUAGAGUACCGAGAAAAAGGGAAAGAAAAGGACAAGGAUGCCAAAAAACACAACCUUGGAAUAAAUAACAACAAUAUUCUACAACCUGUAGACUCUAAAAUACAAGAGAUUGAGUAUAUGGAAAACCAUAUCAAUAGUAAAAGAUUAAAUAAUGAUCUUGUGGGAAGUACAGAAAAUCUCUUGAAAGAGGACUCAUGCACUGCUUCCUCAAAAAAUUACAAAAAUGCCAGUGGAGUUGUGAACUCUUCACCUCGAAGUCAUAGCGCCACAAAUGGGAGCAUUCCUUCCUCAUCUAGUAAAAAUGAGAAGAAGCAGAAAUGCACUAGCAAGAGCCCAAGUACACACAAGGACUUAAUGGAAAACUGUAUUCCUAAUAACCAGCUAAGCAAACCAGACGCACUGGUCAGGCCUAGAGUCCUGGGGUGUGCACAUUGCCGUGAUGGUGAGCUCCUAGAAAUUUUGAAGCCAUGGAAAAGAAAGUGCCUUUUCUUAAGGAGAAUAUGGAAAUCUGGGCUGGAACAAGACAUUAAAAAGUUAAAGGCUGACCUGCAAGCCAGCAGACAAGUGGAACAAGAGCUCCGCAGUCAGAUCAGCUCCCUUUCGAGCACCGAGCGAGGGAUCCGCUCAGAAAUGGGCCAGCUUCGGCAGGAGAACGAGCUGCUGCAGAACAAGUUACAUAAUGCUGUGCAAAUGAAGCAAAAAGACAAGCAGAAUAUCAGCCAGUUGGAGAAAAAGCUAAAAGCUGAGCAGGAAGCCCGAAGUUUUGUAGAGAAACAGUUAAUGGAAGAGAAAAAAAGGAAGAAGUUAGAAGAAGCCACUGCUGCCCGGGCUGUUGCGUUUGCUGCUGCAUCUAGGGGAGAAUGCACCGAAACGUUACGGAAUCGGAUCAGAGAACUAGAAGCAGAGGGCAAGAAGCUCACGAUGGACAUGAAGGUGAAAGAAGACCAAAUCAGAGAACUAGAACUAAAAGUCCAGGAGCUUCGGAAAUAUAAGGAAAAUGAGAAGGACACUGAGGUGUUAAUGUCAGCCCUCUCAGCCAUGCAAGACAAAACACAGCACCUGGAGAACAGCUUAAGCGCAGAGACGAGAAUCAAGCUGGACCUGUUCUCCGCACUGGGCGAUGCAAAGCGGCAGCUCGAGAUUGCCCAAGGACAAAUCCUUCAGAAAGAUCAGGAAAUCAAGGACCUAAAACAGAAGAUAGCCGAAGUCAUGGCCGUCAUGCCCAGCAUAACAUACAGUGCCGCCACCAGCCCCCUGAGCCCUGUUUCCCCCCACUACUCUUCCAAAUUUGUGGAGACCAGCCCCUCUGGACUUGACCCCAAUGCCUCUGUUUACCAGCCCCUGAAGAAAUGAAGGCCAGCUGUGUGUUGUGCCCAAACAUUUGGUUACCGGAAGGCAUUGCAAAGGAGCGUCUCUGGCAGUCAAGAUAAAAAAACAGUUUCUAUUGUAUUUUGUGGAACUGUAUCUGUUGUCAUUUUUAAAAAGGGGGGAAAAGAUAACAUCCAAGUCUGAUUAGAACUGCCCAUCAGUUUUUCUUGUACAUUUUUAGAAGACCUCACAGAACUUUACAGUUUAUUUUUCUCGGCCAACACAUUAAAACCAUUCUUGGAUUUCAAGUAGCCAACUUUGCCUUUUAUGUAUUCUUACAUAGUUUCCUCUUGAAGAAAAAAAAAGCAGAGUUUUUGUUUUUCAACCCUUUACAUUUGUUUUGUUUUAUUCUUAAAUAAGCAAGCAAAACCUGCACAUUGGAUUCACGUGAGAUGAUAAUGAAAACUUUUAGUUUAAGAGUGAAGGGUUAAGUAACCUAACAGAGCUUUGAUGUUAUAGCCGCAUUAAAGAAGGUGAUUGUCAAUAUUACAGAAAACAAAAAUGGAUUGCCCCUCCAAGGACCAAACAGAUUCAAGGAGCAUCAUUUAAGCUAAGAAGAGACCUAAGUGAUGAAACUAGCUGUAAGAAUGUAACGGGGGUUGUGUUUGAAAUAUUUAUAUUCCCAUCGGUGUGUUUAGUCCUAGAAAAUUGCUAGCAGCAGUCUUCUUCACAGUGCCUUGGGAAAAGACAUUUCAAGAGGAAACUUGAUAAUUUUAAACUCUUUUCCCCCUUUACCGUCAUCUAUCCUCUAUCUGUAUCAAGCUCACUGCGGAUCCUGCUGUAAAACUGGUGGGUAGCUGGGCUGUCCGUUACCACCACAGCUACAUCUUCUGUUUCUUUGAAUAGAAAGCACCACAGUGUUUUGCACUUGCCUCCAGUAAAGUGCCCUGGGAAGGGAGCCGGGCAGUGUUUGUGGACGAGAGACUGUAACGAUGGCUAAUAAAAGCUGCGGGUCUA